GCGCGCCAGCCUGGAACCCGGAAGCGGCAGCGCGGCGCGACCCGGCGGGCGGGCUCUGGGCGCGGGAAUCCCGGCGGAUCCCGGGCGGGCGGAUGACCCCCAGCCCUACCCUUGGUGCCGCCUCCUCCUCUCUCCUGUCUCCUCCGGCAGCCAGCGCGCCUGUGUCCUCUCUAGGAAGGGGUGGGGGAGGGGCGUCUGGAGAGGACCCCCGCGAAUGCCCACGUGACGUGCAGUCCCCCUGAGGCUGUUCCGGCCUGCGGGGAACAUGGGCGUGCUCAGGGUCGGACUGUGCCCUGGCCUUACCCAGGAGAUGAUCCAGCUUCUCAGGAGCCACAGGAUCAAGACAGUGGUGGACCUGGUUUCUGCAGACCUGGAGGAGGUAGCUCAGAAAUGUGGCUUGUCUUACAAGGCCCUGGUUGCCCUGAGGCGGGUGCUGCUGGCUCAGUUCUCAGCUUUCCCCGUGAAUGGCGCUGAUCUCUACGAGGAACUGAAGACCUCCACUGCCAUCCUGUCCACCGGCAUUGGCAGUCUUGAUAAACUGCUUGAUGCUGGUCUCUAUACUGGAGAAGUGACUGAAAUUGUAGGAGGCCCAGGUAGCGGCAAAACUCAGGUAUGUCUCUGUAUGGCAGCAAAUGUGGCCCAUGGCCUGCAGCAAAACGUCCUAUAUGUAGAUUCCAAUGGAGGGCUGACAGCUUCCCGCCUCCUCCAGCUGCUUCAGGCUAAAACCCAGGAUGAGGAGGAACAGGCAGAAGCUCUCCGGAGGAUCCAGGUGGUGCAUGCGUUUGACAUCUUCCAGAUGCUGGAUGUGCUGCAGGAGCUCCGAGGCACUGUGGCCCAGCAGGUGACUGGUUCUUCAGGAACUGUGAAGGUGGUGGUUGUGGACUCGGUCACUGCGGUGGUUUCCCCAGUUCUGGGAGGUCAGCAGAGGGAAGGCUUGGCCUUGAUGAUGCAGCUGGCCCGAGAGCUGAAGACCCUGGCCCGGGACAUUGGCAUGGCAGUGGUGGUGACCAACCACAUAACUCGAGACAGGGACAGCGGGAGGCUCAAACCUGCCCUCGGACGCUCCUGGAGCUUUGUGCCCAGCACUCGGAUUCUCCUGGACACCAUCGAGGGAGCAGGAGGAUCAGGCGGCCGGCGCAUGGCGUGUCUGGCCAAAUCUUCCCGACAGCCAACAGGUUUCCAGGAGAUGGUAGACAUUGGGACCUGGGGGACCUCAGAGCAGAGUGCCACAUUACAGGGUGAUCAGACAUGACCUGUGCUGUUGUUUGGGAAACAGGGAAGCAUUGGGGACCCCUCCCAACUUUUCUUCCCAGUAACGCCUGCUGUUUACUGCCACCUGGCACUGGUGACUACAGACGUUCUCAGGCUGGCCAGAAGAGACAUCUUGGGUUCCUUGGCCUCACUCUCUGUAAGCAUAUAAACCACAGGCGAAAGAGGAUGCUGCAUUGCGAGGACCCAGAAAUUCAUACUGGUGCCACGUUUCCUUCCCUUAUUUCUAACGUGUAUGUUUCUGGUGGAAAGCAAGUUCACCCUGGCUGGGAGCAUCUCUGAUGAGGCAUGCUGGCGACUGGAUGGAUAAUCCUGUGCAUCACCAUUGUGUCCUGUGCUCCCUCCUAGCACAGUGGCCAAGCUGGGAAAGCCUCUAACUUGCCUUUGCUGCUGCUGCUGCUGCCUUUUUUUUUUUUUUGUCUCUGCCUUUCCAUUUGUUAGAUGGGGCCCACUCUUCCUUAGCUCUGUCUCUGAGUUACUGGGUGGAAAUAAGCUUAUAAAUGAAAUACUCUUCUUCAUCUCUGUUUUGCUCUUAAAAAUAUAAAAAGGCAAUUCCCUGAGCCCUAGAGCCACCUGAUUUCCCCUUAGGAGGCUGUUUUUCAGUUUCCCCCAGUGAGGCCCAAAGAACAGUUUAUUCCUCCUUUCCUCUUGCUGAUUUGGUUUCAGACCUGCCUGCAUCACCAUGACUGACUAGGUGAGAACGUGUGGGCUCGCUGCAGUUCCAGGGAUAUAAUUUAACAGAAAGGGAGGGUAUGACCUGCUCCUGGUGAAUCCAGCCACUCGUUUAAUAUGUAUGGUGCCCUGUGGGGCCCCUCCACAGUACAGCAUAACCAGAGGUGCUGAACCAUGGCCUUGCCCAUAAACAGACAGAGGAGAAUUUGCACAGUAAAUAGAGCCAGCUGGGAAAAUUGAUGCUGACGUAAAUAAUACAUGGCAAAUCUAGUCCUUUAUGCAGAAAUUCAUUGCUGGUGGCUCCAAGAUGCAAUAUAAUUACACCUCUCUUCCUGCCAGCUGUACCACAGCUAGUGCCCUAGUGUAUGAAAUAAUCCCUCUGUCUUUCACCAGCACUGUGGCCAUCCGUCUGAGAGCCAUGACCCUGGCUGGGAGGGGACGAAGACACCAGGGAAUGGAAAAUAAAAGGAAAAGUAGAGAAAUGAUCAGGAUUGUUUACUGGCCACAUCUUUUAAAGGAAGGUCGUCUUUCUUGGUUAGAGAGCCUGUUGUGUAAUUAAUCAGUUAUGUCUUGGCUGCAGGAAAGGAGGGUCCGAGUUACACUCAGAAAGUAAUGACAUUUAGAGGUGAUGAAUGCAACAGGGAUAGAACCAUGGAGGAUUGGGAAGGAGUGGCAAACUGGCACCAGGGUGUUGGAUUGAGGACAGGGUUGGUAAGCCUAAGCCUGGAGGAAUCCUAGCGCUUGCUUUCACAGAAGACCUCAGGAGAAAUUAAUCUUCAGUAUCUUUAUACCAUGGGUGAUUGGCACAUUCCUGCAACCACAGUAAGACGCAAUACAUGAAGCUGGAAAUUGCAAAUUCUUGCCACUCAGGGUACUAUUUGGGCAUCUUCAGCCCACAGCAGACAUGACCAGUCGGGCACAAGCACUCUUUUUUGUGGAAGUCAAAGUGUUUUUAGAAGUUUUUCUCAAUACAGCACUCCGGGGAGCCACUACCAGUCAGUUGGAGUUGGUAUUCAAGGUGGAGUCUGGUUGCCAUCUCUGCCCUGUUCCCAUUAUGUAGUGAGUUCAGGUACUUAAUACCUAACUGAGGACCCUAGGACUGCAGUUUGAGAUCAUCUGGGGCCAGGCACAGUGGCUCACACCUAUAAUGGUAGCACUUUGGGAGCCUGAGGCAGGAGGAUCACUUGAGCCCAGGAGUUUAACAGUUUAAAAUCAGCCUGGGCAACAUGAUGAGACAUCGUUUCUACAAAAAAAAUUUUUAAAUUAGCUAGGCAUUGUGAUGUGCACCUGUGGUCCCUGCUACUUGGGAGCCUGAGGCAGGAGAAUCGCUUGAACCUUGGAGGUUGUAGCUGCAGUGAGCCCUGAUUGCACCACUACACCCCAGCCCGGGUAACAGAGCAAGACCCUGUCUCAAGGAAAAAAAAAAUCAUCUGGCCCAUCCUGUUACUUAACAGAGAAGGUACCUGAGGCUCAAAAAGGAUGACUGACAGUCCUAGUGGCAGAAUGGAGGUGGGAUCUGGAACCCAGAACUUGAUUCCUAGGCCAGGACUCUUUUUUUUUAAUUCCCACAUUGGCUGGGUGUGGUGGCUCACGCCUGUAAUCCCAGCACUUUGGGAGGCUGAGGUGGGUGGAUCACCUAAGGUCAGGAGUUCCAGACCAGCCUGACCAACAUGGUGAAACCCCGUCUGUACUAAAAAUACAAAAAUUAGCCAGGCAUGGUGGCCCGUUUCCUGUAAUCCCAGCUACUCAGGAGGCUGAGGCAGAAUCGCUUGAACCUGGGAGGCGGAGGUUGCAGGGAGCUGAGAUGGCGCCACUGCACUCCAGCCUGAGCGACAGAGUGAGACUCCGUCUCAAAAAAAAAAAAAAAAAAAAGCAAAAAUUAGCCAGGCGUCGUGGUGCAUGCCUGUAAUCCCAGCUCCUCGGGAGGCUGAGUGGGGAGGAUCACUUGAGCCCAGGAGGCAGAGGUUGCAAUGACCUGUGAUCAUGCCACUGCACUCCAGCCUGGGCAACAGAGACUCUGUUUCAAAAAGAAAAAAAAAAAUCCCCACAUUUUAUUUAAUUUCCAGUCCAUACAGUUCUAUUCCUGCUAGGGCUGUAACUCCAGCUGAAGGCACCACAGCUGUCACCCAAGGAGUUUCUGUGGCCAUGGGAAGGUGUUGCAUUCACUGCUACUUGAGACCACCACGUGACAUUCCUGCAGGCUGUGCCCCUCACAGCCAGCUUCAUCCUUUGGCUCCUUCUAGACCAGGACUUUGUCUUGCCUGCCUGCUGCCACUGCACUCUCUGUUCCGGCCACACCACACUGUGCAGUCCCCUGGUAGGACUUGGGCUAGGCUGGCUCUCCUGUCCAAGUGCCUUUUGCUCCCUUUGCUUAUGUGUCUGUCUCUGCCCAGCUCCCACUGUGUCUGGUGCACACCCACCCUGACAUCCUUUUUUAUGCCUCAGCUGUGAUCUAGAUAGAUGCUUACAGUAACUUCCCUGUAUUAGUUAUUCACUUGUACUUUCUGUUCAUGUGUCUGCCUACAGGCUCCCACUUUUUGUCACUUUUUCUCUUUAUACAUUAUGGAAGCUCAGUAAUUAUUAAAUAGAUGAAUGAUGUUUUAAAAAUAUAUUUUAAAAAAAGCAAA